AUGCCAACCCGGACAGACAAGCCCGUACCACACUCCGCAGAAAUCGAUCCUCAGCCUAGAUACGCAAGCCUGCAACUUCGGGUUUACGAGCAUGCUGAAAACACUUGGGACGAAAUUGGCAACCAGAUGGAUCACCUCCGUGUCGAUGACCCAAGAUACUGGGAACCGUGGGGUCUUUGGGUGGCUGAUCGUCCGGCUAUGUCUGAUGAAGCUCUCGUCAUAGAUUCCGAUGUAUCGCCACAGCAGUUCGACCUGAAUCAAGCCCUCUUGGUUCAACGGACCCGCAGCAGGACGCAUGGCCAUGUUCAACCCGGGUACUCCUCUCUUCGCUCAGGAGAAAUUCAACUUCAACCUCCCAUCUGGACCUCCGGCAAUUCCCUGUCCCAGCAUAUCCUCAUGGCGUGGGAGACGGCAAUGCUUGAAGCACACAUGGAGAACGAACGGAUAAAGCUUAGUCAGGCCCCUUCACUGCACCCAAUCCGCUACGAUCUUGAUUGGCCUCCCGAAAACAGUCUCAGGUUUGACGAUGUCGGACGCAUUCGCCCUGAAGUUUCACCUGACUGCGUCUCCAACGGCAUGGCGGUCCCAGCAGCGCUGAAGGGACGGAUACACGACGCUCUUCGCGUCAGCUACGACAGAGGAAUCAUCGAGGGAGGUUACGGUGCAUCCCGGAAUACUUGGUUCGUGGUGGAAAAGAAGGACAGCGGUGGGCUUCGUCUGAUCAACUCAGCGAUAAAGACGAACGCAGUCACCAUCAGAGACGCCAUGAUUCCUCGCGACUGUGACACUUUCUCAGCCCAGUUCGCUAUGGCUGUCAUCCUAACCAUCGUCCAAUUUUUCUCCUGA